AUGGCAACGACAGUCCAGCUGCUCCACGACACCAUGAUCGAGACCCCUACCGCAGCAAAGCUACCUCAUGGCAUGCAAUCUCACCAUAGGUGCGUUGCCAUCCUCUACACCGCCGCGUUUGUCGCGGUGCGCGCCCUCGACGGCGCCUACACCGCCCCAUCGGAGCUCCUCGCGUCGCUUGCGCCGGAGCGCGCGCCGUCGUUCGCUCUCUCCUCGCUCACGCGCCUCGACAGCAACGCGCUGGCCCGUUCCCCGGCCAAGUUUGCGCGCGCCGUCGCCAUCGCCUUUGGCGUGCUCACCGUCCUCUACACGGCGAUGAUGGGCUUCGGCUACGCAACGUUUGGCGACCACGCCGCCUCGCGCGCCUUCCGCAGCCUGGCGGCCGACGCGUCGCGCGUGCCGCUGAUCGUGGCGCUGCUGGCCGUCAUUACUGCGGUGGCGUGCGCCGUCGAGGACAGCGGCGGGUGCGGCGGCGGGUGCGUCCUUCCGGCGGUCGGCGCCGCCAUCGUCUACUGCUUCCCGCCCCUCAUCUACGGGCGCGCGCGCGGCGCGUCGACGCCGCAGGCCGUGUACGGCCUCAUCCCGCUCGGCGGCUUUCUGGGUGUGCUUGGCACCUACGUCACGCUGCGCGGGUGA